AAUUAGAACUUCAUACUGCAUUGGAACCAAUUUUCUGGAGUGCUGCAGAAGGAAAAAAAAAAAAAACAAAGGAAGAGGAAGACAAGUUACACUGAGAUCAUUUUUCAAUGGCUUGCUUGGCAUGCCUUCUUGCCUUGGCAUUUGUUGCUGCUGAAGCACAACAGAUGCAGUCGAAUAUAAGCCAAGGCUCCUCUUUAACACCAACCACCAACUCCACAUGGCUGUCUCGUUCUGGUCUAUAUGCCUUUGGAUUUUACAGGCAAGGCAAUGGCUAUGCUGUUGGGAUAUUUCUUGCUGGAAUUCCCCAAAAGACAGUCGUGUGGACUGCGAAUCGAGAUGAUCCACCAGUCUCCAACAAUGCCACCUUGCUCUUCACAGGUGACGGCCUUGCCUUGCCAACAGCAGAAGGCAAAAAUUACUUGGUAAGUCCUUCUGGCUCUGCUUCUUAUGCUUCCAUGCUCGAUUCGGGUAAUUUCGUGCUGUACAACUCUGGUCGGGAAAUAGUAUGGCAGAGCUUUGAUCAUCCAACCGACACCCUUUUGCCAGGUCAAUGCCUUUUAUCAGGAAACGAACUUUUCUCUGCGAAAUCAGAAGCUGAUCACUCAACGGGGAUUUUCCGUCUCAAAAUGCAAAAUGAUGGAAACCUUGUUCAGUACCCUGUAGAUACUCCAGACACCAGUGUUUAUUCGUUUUAUUCAUCUUUCACUGAUCGCGAGGGAGAGAAUGUGACACUUAAUUUUGGUGCUGAUGGCCAUCUCUACUUGCUCAACGGGAAUGCUACGAAUAUUCGGAAUAUAACAGAUGGAGGUCUUCCUACUGAUGAAGGAAAACUUUAUCUUAUGAGAAUUGAUGUAGGUGGGAUAUUUCGUUUGUAUUCACAUGAUUUGAAAAAGAAUGCAAUUUGGUCAGUUGAGUGGGAGUCUUCCAAGGAAAAGUGUGUUCCUAAAGGCCUAUGCGGAUUUAAUAGCUAUUGUGUCUUAAUUGAUCUAGAGCCUGACUGUAGAUGUCUUCGGAGAUUCGAAUCUGUCAACCCGGGAAAUCAGACAUCCGGGUGCGAGAGAAACUUUGUUGCGGAUGCCUGCAAAAACAGGAAUGAGAAUUUCACUUACACCAUGGAAAAGCUGGAAAACACAACAUGGGAAGAUAGUUCGUAUAUGAGUUUGACAUUAUCCGACGAAGACGAUUGCAUACAAGGCUGUCUGGAGGAUUGUGACUGUGAAGCUGUGUUUUUUGACGGUACAAACUGCAGAAAGCAGAGGCUUCCUUUGAGAUAUGGUAGAAGAGACAAUGGAACUUCAGACAGAGCUCUCAUCAAGGUAGGUGUACCUACAAAACCAGAUACAGAUCCUAGAAUUGUUCAACCAGGAAGCAAGAAAAAAGCACGUAAGUGGAUAUGGAUUGGCACGGCUAUUGGCGCUGCUCUAUUGGUAAUGGUGCUUUCCAUCUCGAGCUAUCUACUAAGGAGGAAACUAUUUUCAGGGGAGACCAACCCGAUGAUUGAGAAUGAAAUGCUUGAAUGGAUGGAAUCUGAUAGAUCCACUGAUGAUGUCAACGGGCUUCAAAAUGACGGAAAGCUUGGAAAUAAUUUGACAGUGUUUAGCUACGCAUCUGUCGUGGCUGCCACAACUAACUUCCCGGAAGAAAACAAGCUCGGACAGGGGGGCUUUGGACCUGUUUAUAAGGGAAAACUUGUGACGGGACAAGAAAUCGCUGUGAAGAGGCUUUCAAGAUGUUCAGGGCAAGGAACUUUGGAGUUUAAGAAUGAAUUGAUACUCAUAUCUGAACUCCAACAUACAAACCUCGUCCAGCUUUUUGGCUUCUGCAUUCAUGGGGAAGAGAGGAUGUUAAUCUAUGCCUACAUGCCAAACAAAAGUUUGGACUACUUUUUAUUCGAUUCAACCAGAGCGAUGCUACUAGAUUGGACGAAGCGGUUCAACAUAAUUGAAGGAAUCGCUCAAGGACUGCUUUACUUGCACAAAUACUCAAGAAUGAGAGUAAUUCACAGAGAUUUAAAAGCUAGUAACAUACUACUUGAUGAAUAUAUGAAGCCCAAAAUUUCUGAUUUUGGUUUGGCGAGAAUUUUUACACAUAAUGAACUUGAAGCAAGUACUAAUAGGAUUGUUGGAACAUAUGGUUACAUGUCUCCUGAGUACGCUAUGGAGGGGAUUUUUUCUAUUAAAUCUGACGUCUAUAGUUUCGGGGUGUUAAUGCUUGAAAUCAUGAGUGGUAGGAGAAAUAGUAGCUUCUACAUUGCUGAUCACGUGCUCAAUAUAGUAGGAUAUGCAUGGGAGUUAUGGAAAGAAGGCAGGGGGCUAGAGCUAAUGGAUCCAACACUAAAGGAUUCAUGUACUGAAGAUCAAUUGUUAAGAUGCUUCCAUGUUGGUCUGUUAUGCGUGGAAGAAAAUGCAGCUGAUCGGCCCUGCAUGUCUGACGUCGUAUCUAUGUUGAUCACUGAAACAAUUUCAUUGCCAUUACCUACAAGGCCAGCAUUCAUCACAAUAAGAAAUGUUAUUGUGUCUGAUGUAAAUAUAAGUAGAAGGGAGUUGCAAAUUAUAUCAGUAAAUGGCUUGUCUAAUACCACAGUUGAUGGACGAUAGAGGAUUCGUCUAUUAGCUAAACGAUAUCUUUGGGCCAUAAUUACAAUGGUACCUUCAUUUUGGAACAAUAUUGCUUGGCUUUUGUAUAUGUUGUAU